AUGUAUCCAGAGCCAAUCGGUCCAGCUGGUGAGCGGAAACCGGUUUUGUCUUGGGAGGACUACAAGUGGUCCCCUAGUGCAGGAGUAGUAACAGCUGCGUCCAAAAUUGUGGAUGAAUUUUGGUCUCCUGCAUCAGCACCGGUUCCUCUAGAGGCACCGUUUACUGCACCUGCCCAGCAGUCUCCUGCAUCAGCACCAGCUCGUGUACCAGCCCAGGCUCCUGCACCUGCCCCAGCCAGAUCACCGAGGUCUCAGCUCAUUGUUGUGGCCACCCGUGUGGUGACCAGGACGCAUCUGAAGGCUAUGUUCAAAUUGCCUAAAAGUAUCUCCAAGGAUCUCAAUGCUGGCCGAAGGGGCAAGAUAUCCCUCGUCAUGGAGAGUGAAGGUCUCACCGUGGAGGGACGGUACUCCGUCAGUCCCACAGAUGGCCGCUUGGCUGUUACUUCCAGGUGGAAAAAGUUCAUUGAUGGUGCCAAACUUCGCAUUGGAUCAAAGUUGAAGGUCAAGAUCUUUCGAUGCCGCUGUGACAUGCUGGUCAUAAAGUUCGCGGUUGUCUAGUUCUGU